GUUCAAAGACCAUUUCACAGCCAUAUCUUCGGUGUUCACAAACGCGUGUCCGAACGGAGCGGACAUCGCUGCCUCCCGUUUCCACCUCGGAGACCUCCAGACCUCCCCCCUUCCGGCCCAUCCAACGGCGGCAUCAUCGCCAAAGCACUACCAGAGUCACAUCGCACAGCCAUAACCCAUAUCCCAGCAUAUCACCUUCGCAAUGGACCCAGCCAACAAACCAGCAGCAAACCCACCCAUCGCAGCACCGAAACAUCCCGCCCACGAAAAACUCCAACAACCUUCCUCCUCCUCCACCACCCUCCUCAAACCCGCCCUAGCAGCCUUCAAACGCUCCGACUACGCCUGCUGCAUCCGCAUCCUCACCAAGGCACUGGAAACAGACCCCCAAAACGUCAAACUCCUCGACUGCAGGGCGCUGGCGAAACUCAACGUGGGCGAUUGGGACGGCGCGCUGGAUGAUGCGCAGGCGAUUGUUAGGGUUGAUGGGUCGAAUAUCAAGGGAUACUUGCAUGCGGGCAAGGCAUUUCGGUUGAUGGGAAAGAAUGAGCAUGCUGCAAAGAUAUAUAGGAUCGCGAAGAAGAAGGUCGGCAAGGAGAAUCCGCGGUACCAGGACUUGGAAAUGCUUUUGCAAGAGUGUUCCUCACCUGAAAGCACAUCCACAACAGUAACCAAAAAACGCACAUCAAGUCAAACACCCGCCUCCUCACCCGCCCCCAAAAAAUCCAAACAGGCCCCGCAAGACCUCCCCCUCCCCUACGAGCUUUUCUCCCUCAUCCUCAGCCACCUCCCUCUCGCCACCCUCACCCGCUGCACCGCCGUCUCCCGCACCUGGCGCGCCGCCCUGCACAGCGAUAAACGCCUCUGGACCACCCUCGAUUUCAGCACCCACGGCCGGCGUGUCACCAAUCUCGCCCUCACGACGGUGGUCGCGAAAGCGGGGUCGAGGUUGAAACAUCUGUCAUUGAAGAAUUGUGGGGGCCUUACGAGCGGCGGGUGGAAGUGCCUGGCGGUGAAUAAGUGCAAUGCGCUGCUGACGCUGGAUCUGACGGCGUGUCGAGGGAUUCCACCCGCGGCGUUUGUGGAGGCGCUGCAGGUGAUGGCGCGCUCGCUCACGGCUGUCGAUCUGACGGCGACAAAAGCCGACGAUCUUACCGUGCGGAAACUGCUGGACUGCUGUCGAGCGUUGAAAGAUCUCACGCUCGCGCAAUGCGACGGAAUCACCGACGACGCGUUCGCCAUCUGCGACAACUUCCAGCGCAAACGCAUCCCGCUGACGUUACAAACCGUAGACCUAACCCAGUGUAACAUCACCGAUAAGGCGGUCACCCUCAUCGCCGCCGGCGCACCAUCCCUGACGUCCCUAACAGUCACAAAAUGCCCCCGUAUCACCCUCACAACCCUCGCCGCCCUCGCCACCCACUCCCGCCACCUCACCGCCCUCGCACUCUCGGGCAUCUCCCUACUCGACCCGCCGACCCUCUGCCACCCCAUCGUGGCCACCGCCCUCUUCCGCGCCAACCCCUCCCUCGCAUCCCUAACCCUGCCCUCAUGCCCACAACUCGCACUCCCCUUCCUCCAACCGCUCGCAGCCCACUGCGCCGGUCUGACUCACAUCGAGUUCGCCCAAUCCGCCCAACUGACCAACGACGCCCUGGCGUUGCUCGCGGCGUCGUGCACACAGUUACAGAGCGUGCGGAUCCCGACCUGCCCGCGCGUCUCGGACCCGGGCGCCGUGGCCCUGCUCACCCAGCUCACGCAGCUCGCCCACCUCGACGUCUCCAACAACGCUCAUAUCUCCGACUCGACGUUGGAGGCGGUUGUGGCACACGGCGCGGCGCUCGUGUACCUCGCGGUCGGGAAUACGAGGGUGUCGGGGGUGGGCGUCGGGAGGCUGGUGGGGAAGGUUGGGGCGGCGUUAAGGGAGGUUGUGGUGGAUCAUUGUGUGGGGGUUGGGGCGGGCGCCGUGGAGGUGUUGAGGAGGGGGUUGGGGGUGGGUGCGAGGGUUCGUGCGCGGUUUGGGUAGGGUGUGUGAUGGGAUUUCAUAGAUGAGACGGGUGGAUGGGGGUCGUGUGCUGCUGCAAACGACGGACUUGGUCUGCUUUGGGAACCCCUUUCCUUGGUCCUGCAUUUCCUGCUUGACUACCAAACUCAUUU